CGCUCCAAAUCGGCAUUUCGCGAUAAUAACUUGAAUAAGGAAGACUCCUCAGUGUUCUGCACCUCGCGCAAAGCCUCUCAGGUAAUCUCUGAUGUGGCAUUGUCUAAGAAGCACGUUUUCUUUAAAUUUAAACCCCUUACCUCCCACUUACACCACGGUACAAUUUGCAGGCUUCUUUCACACGACAAUGGCUAUAGCCACUUCAAACGGCCAAAGACAGCCACUCGGAUCUGAAAUCAAAUCCAUAGUAUCUGGGAUUGUGCCAUCCAGAACACUCGCAAUAUCUUCACUGGAAGACGACGUCGAAAUCCGCCUGAAGUAUCGCCCAUUCCUCCUCAAGUCUGACUCGUCUCCGGACUGGAUUAAUGAUCUAGAAUUAACGUCUGUGCUUGACAUGGCCGAGAAAGACCUGGCGGCCACAAAUAGCCGGUUGAAAGUCCUCGUGCUCUACGGUAGCCUCCGACGUCGAUCAUACUCAAAGCUGGUGGCCUUUGAGGCCUCGCGAAUCCUUUUCCGUCUCGGUUGCGACGUCCGUGUCUUCAACCCUGAAGGCCUUCCUGUAAAAAACGACGUCGAUCACACGCAUCCGAAAGUCCAGGAACUCCGAGCGCUGAGCACGUGGAGCGACGGGCAUGUGUGGAUCUCACCAGAGCAGCAUGGGAAUCUGACCGCGGUCUUCAAAAAUCAAAUUGACUGGAUACCUCUUAGUACAGGAUCUAUCAGGCCUACUCAAGGCCGCACCCUCGCAAUUGGACAAGUUUGCGGUGGAUCACAGUCCUUUAAUGCAGUAAACUCACUGCGCAUCCUUGGUCGCUGGAUGCGCAUGUUCACGAUCCCGAAUCAGUCGUCUAUUCCCAUGGCAUAUACGCAUUUCCCUGACGAGGGUCUAGAGGGGGACCAACGACUGAGACCGAGCUCAAAUCGCGAUCGAUUGGUUGAUUGUAUGGAGGAGUUUGUCAAAUAUACGAUUCUUAUGAGGCCGCAUCUUCAGACUUUCGGCGAUCGGUUUAGUGAGCGUGAGGAAAAAAAGAUCAAGGAGGCAAGAGUUAGGGCUGCUGUGGGGAACAGUUAAGCGUCAUUCCAUUGUUGUUGAUUGAUAUAUACACAGGAUAGACUGUAACUGCCGCUUGACAAACGUCCGCGCUAGAUAGAACAUAGAUGAUUUUAUUUCCGAUAAUGGAUAAUACCGGGUUCCAAGUGCGCGUCACAUCUUGCAAUGAUUCCGCCUU